AUGUCCACUAUCACAGCCGGUAGACCCGUCUCCAAGUCCGAGUGGGGGCAUUUUCACAGGCUCGAAGGUGUCAAAACAUCUAUCGUCAUUGAGCCAGCCACAGAUCGCACGGGGGAGGUCAGUCUCUUUGUCAUGAAGAACAAAUCCCACCACAAUGCAUUCUGUAAGGCCUGUGUCAAGGCGAAGAAGGAGAUCUUGGAGGACACGAUAGAGGUCGUUGAGGUCAGUGAGGACGAGGAUGAGGACGGCAGUGAAACUGGGGAGAAAGACAAGAGCGACGAGGAGCAGGACGAGGAGAUGAACCUGGACGGGGCGUUCUUAGCAUGA